AGCUGCAUGUCGCUCUGUGUAGUUCAGUUAACGAUGUAAACAAAAGUAGUUAGACGCGCUGAAACUAGCUAACGUUGGCUACUAAUGAUUGCUAACCAUGUUAGAAACUUUAAUUGUCGUCACUCAGAUUUAGCUUGAAUCCAAGCUAAAUUGAUCUAACCUUAAGUUAUUUAAUUUCAAUUUACGCACCUGAACUGGCGCCGUUGCAAAGCUGUUAGCUAGGAACGUUAGUGCAGUCACAGGUUGCUAGGUUAGUCAGCUUAGCAUGUAGCUAACUUGAGGCAAGUUAAAAGUGUCCACGGAGCUAAAUUAUUUGCAAGACUUAACAAACACUGACAGUAUGACUUCCAACCGGAUGGAGGCUUCUCUGGGAUCUCUGCGGAAUCCUGAUCUAAGCUCUGUCCUGUCAUCAUGUGAGCCAGAGCUCCAGGAGCUGAUGAGACAGAUUGACAUCAUGAUCAGCCAUCAGAGGAGUGAGUGGGAGGCUGAGAUGCAGGCCAUGGAGCUCAGGCUGAAAAGUGGGGAAGAGGAGCUGCAGACUUCCAGGAGUCACAUUGAACGGAGGGACCUGGAGAUUGCAUUGCUCCACAAGCAGCUGGAGGAAGUGCAGCCUGGUCGACAAGAGUUGGUUAUCAAGUAUGAGCAACAGCUGCAGAAACUCCAAGAAGAGUUAGAUAAACUGAAGAGAAGUUAUCACAAGCUUCAGCGCAAACAACUCAAGGUGACCAGCGGAGGAGCAAAUACUAAAGAGACAGUCUGUUCAGAGGUGACUCCACUCAAUAAAAAGAUUGAGGAGUAUCACCAGCUCUCUGCAGAGUGGGAGCAGCAGCGCAUCCAGUACCAAAAACAGCUGACAGCACUGGAGUCCCACAAUAAGAGCCUGACUGAUGAGCUCGCACACAUGAGAGCCCAGUGCGAGUCGCAGAAGGAGAGGGAGCACAGGGAGUGCUGCUUAGAGGUGCAGCGUCUGUGUGCGCAGCUGGAGGAGACUCAGGGCCGCCUGCACUCACAGGAGCUUGACCUGGAACGCCUCCGACCCCUCGAGGUGUGGCUGGGACAGUACCAGAAAGAGCAGCAGGUUAGCAGAAUGGUCCUUGCAGAGGAACGGCAGGAGCUCCACGCCACAUUGGACUCCCAGGAUACAUUUGUGCGAAGAGCCAGUCUGGAACGCCAAAGGCUUCAUAAUGAAGCUGCCAGACUCACCCAGUUGCUGCAAGCUAAAGAUCAAGUCAUUCGCUCUCUGGAGGACUGUCUGGCAGCUCAGGGUUGUGCUGGUGUGGAAACCCUCAGACAAGAUCUGGAGAAGACCACAACCAGGCUUCACUGUGCCCAAGCAUGUGAGGUUCACCUCAAGGCUGAACUGGCCUGUCUGAAAGAGAGACUGGAGAGGCUGAGCCGGCAGAGAGCUGACCAAUCAAAGAUGGAGGAGCUGAGAGGCAGUAAAGCAGAAUCUGAUUCCUCUGUUGCUGAAAUAAAAAAGCUCAGAGAGGAGCUCCUGAGGGCCAAGCAGACGCACAGCGGCGAGGUGGCGGGAAUGAGGAAGGAGGUGUCAAAGCUGACCGCCGAGCUGCACCAGCGCGACCUCACCAUCGCCGCGCUGAACAGCUCCUCAUCCGGCGUCAAGCAGCAGCUCCGCGGUGAGGUGGAGCGAGCUGAACAGAGGGCAGCCGAGCUGAAAAUGACUCAGGCCCAGCUGGAGACUCUGCAAACCGAGAGCCAGCAUCUGAAGGUUCUGCUGCAGAGGCUGGAGUCUCAGUCACCAAAGAGGGGGGAUUCCUCGCUUGCAUCCCUGAGAGAGAGUUACGUGUCAUCUCUGAGCACCCUGGAACAAGAGAAUCGACAGCUGAGGCAGGCGCUUGCUGAGAUGAACGGCCGCCAUGAGGUCUCCAGCCGUGUCUGUGAAGACCGGUAUGAACGAGCUCAGCUCAGUCACGCCAUGACUGACCAACCACAGCCUGCUCAUGACAGCAGCGAUGAUACCAGACUUGACAAUCACAGGGAGGGGGUGCAGGCAACGAAAGCCAAGCUGCAGGAGAACACCGCUCGCUCUGAAGGGCAGAUCCAGAGGCUCUUCAAACAGCUGCACACCCUGUCCCAUUCUUCCAGAGAGCCCUCCUGUCACCAGGCCCAAGACUGCAGGUCUCCAUCAUCAGCAUCCUCCUCCUCCUCCUCCUCCUCCAGCACAAAACUCACCAGGAGAAACUCAGUGCCAACCCGAACCUCAAGUGAAUCUGCUGCCGAGGGACAACGCUCCAGCUCUGAAGACUCUCUGAGCUCGGUGUCCAGAGGAAAAGUCAUACCCUCCCCAGUGGAACCCGUGUCCCCCGCACACGGCACGGUGUCUCGUUUCCUGGAGGAGGAGAACUCUCGGUCCACGGAGCUGCUGCAGAGACUGGACGCCCACAUCCAGGUUAUGAGAGAGAACAACGUCAAGACGGCGACCAAGUACCUGCCAAGUGGCUCAGGGCUGGAGUCUGGUCAGACCUCAGUACAGACUGGUUAGUGGAAUAAAAAUUACAAGAAGUGCCUUGAGCAGUCGGGCCAUAUCUACAUUCUUGUACUUCAUUAGAUCGUACGUGGUGGAGAAUGACUUUUGUGGGGUGUUUGGUGUGUGCCUCACUUCACACAUCUUUUCAUAUUUUUACACAGUUUGCUCUCUUUAGUUCAACUUUGACUUCACUCAUUUCACUCCGAUGAGCUCUCAUCAUGCAAAGUGCUGUCAGGCCACAGCAUUUGAAGCCCGCUGCGUCCCCACGGCGAAGGCCGGCCUGCACGAGGUUACACAUAUGACGCAGUGUUAGCCGUCCGUAGGCGAUUAGCUCAGAGUGUUACCUGUGAUUUUUUCCUUUUUCUGUUUAUCAAAUAUUUAUUUUUUCUGGUGGCGGAUUGUGUUCUCACUGGAGAUCUUACAUUUUUGCCCCGUCACAUCAAGUUUAUCUCACAGACCUGACAAAGGCGGACAGAGUAAACGCUUUGCAUCACCUCACACUGCAAAGACUGCAGCUGACAUACUCUGCAUGUUCUGUUCCUCCUGAAGAGCCAACAGAGGCUCAGUGGUCUGUAUUUAAUUAAAAUGUUACUGUGGUGCAUUUGCCCGGUUAGCACGGUGCGUUUGGACUGGUGUGAAAGCUGUCAGUGGAACCCUGGUACAGACCACACAAGAGGAGGCGCUCUUGGUCCGGUCCCAAAUGAACUCUGAUCCAGCUUUUAGACGUUCCCUGCAAGUUGUUAGCUGUUGCUCGGCUAGCCAGGGAAUGAAUCAAGGUCAGACCUGGAGUAGUGCAACAUGGUUCGCUGGUGGACCUCGUUCGGGACCUUCUAUCUGUGUUUACGGCCUUGAGUGAAGUGAACGUUCUCAGGUGGUUUCAGGGCUGCAUUUUGGCUCGCUCGGAUUUUCUCCAUGUGAAAAGAAAAUGAACCGAAGAGGAAAAACUCCAAGUUUCACCAGCUCAUCAACUGAUUUGAACCAAAAACAAAGCAUAGUUGUGAAAACACCAUAAAACCUUGUUCAACUUCCUGAAACUUAUGGCAAGAAAAAGCAGAAAGUCCUCGCAGUUGAGAAGCUGAAACCUUCUGAUGUUUGGUUUUUUUGUUUGAAAAAACAGAGCGCAGGUCCAUUUAAGCGAACAUUAGCACUUGUACAGGCUUUAUUAUCAGAUGGAAAUGUGCCUCAGCGUUGCUUUUAGUAGACUGAAAUGACCUCAGAAGUUGUUUGGUUGGUAUAUUCUGCCCUGCAGUCUGUCAUAUUUGUGCAACCUCACAUAACUGACUUUUGGUUGCUGACUUCCACUUGAGUUACUUGUUGGAGUUCCGACAUUAAGUGGAGAUCCUUUGCACUUUUCCUCAAACGACGCUCCAUAUUCCGAGCUGCCUUGAAUGCCUCAUUAAUGCAAGCUUUGCGUUUACGUCCGGAGAAAAGAAUGUAGCUGCGAGCCAAAGAGGUGUCCAUCCCUGCACGUCUGUCACAACUGGGAAAAUACCACAUAUGUACAUGUCUGUCCAGACAUCCCAGACAGAAGGGAGGGAGAGAAGGCAGCUUAAACUGUAGCUCCGCUCACCCCCACCCAGCUCCAUCACCACCGCCACCCACGCACCCACCCUGCAGAGGCCCUCUAGCUAGUCAAGUGCAGGAAUGCGUGCACCAAGCCAAUGCUGUCAUGAACCUUCCCCUGCGGCCUGCUUUGUCCUCAUCAUUAGAAAGCUGAUGGAAUGUUAAUAUCAACCAUGUGGGGCACUCAACCUCAGAAACACGGAAAGGCCAGAGGGGAAUAGUUAUACGUUGCUGCUUUCCUAUUGGA